UUUUAGUAAAUGUUUUUGUUUUCAAGAAAUAAAAUAAUUGUUAAGCGGUUGGUGGCUAAUCGAAGGUUUUCCACUCCCUCACCUUCACCAACCUCCAUACAAAAUAAUUUUGUACCUCCAUCAACCUCAAAUCUUUUAACACAAAUUCCUUCAGAAAUGCCUUCCUCAACUUUUGGAUUAUUUAAAGUUUUUAUUGUUGCAUUAAUUAGUAUGUUGGCUGGUGCUAAAACAGCAGAAUUUGGUGCUUCUUUUCUUGAAGAAAGUGAAAUUUUUGUUCGUUCUUCUGAAGAUGAUGAUGAUUAA